AUGAACAUCAAUCUUGAUUCUGCGAAAGACGUUCUUUGUAAGAACAUCUUGAUAUAUGGGUAUUGUAAGUUCCAGGACAAAGGUUGUGCAUUUAGUCACAACAAGCAACUUACUACUCCACAACAACAACAACAACAAAAAGAAGAGGAAGAAGAGAGUAUACGGCAAGGGGGAACAGCAGUAGGGGUACCGGGCUCUCAAAGAAACAAAGGAGCAGGAGCAGGAGCAGGAACAGGAGCCAAAGCAAUCCAAUCUAAUGGAAUGGUAAACUCACAGGAAACACAAUCAAAGAGGAGAUUUGAUGCAAACUCUCCAUUAUUUCAGCCAGCAGUCAAUAAUGCCAAAGGUACAGCCGUUACCAAUUUAGCAAGUAAAUUCUCGAAUUUAUCACCCAGGAUUAGAGAUGCUCCUGUAUUUAAACCAGAAAAUGAGAGUCCAAUCUCUCAGGAGCUGAACUCGAAGCUGGCGACAUCGGGCUUAGGAAGUAUAUACUCGUCCAAGAAAUUUAAUGCUAGCACUCCAUCAUUUACCCCAACUGGGUUUGAUUUUUCAGUAGCAGCUCAGGUUGGUAAUAACCCUGGUUCAACAGCGCCGGCAAAUUUACAACUGCAACAACAACACCAACACCAACACCAACAACAGCCCCAACAGCCCCAGCAGCCCCAACAGCCCCAGCAGCACCAGCAACAACAGCAACUAGGUCUCCAAAAUUUAAACCAAACACAACUGGGGAGAAAUUUGAAUGUUUUGUUGCAACCCCAAAUAUCACAGCCCUUUAUACCCGCAAAUGCGAUACCGCCGUCAUCAGCCGCAGGACAAUUGCAACUGCAUAUGCAAGUACAACAACCUCAAGCACAGACUCAACCACCUUCUCAUUUGACACCGUCAAGUAUCAUGAGUUCAGCUCCGAUGUCUGCAGGCUUCUAUACCUCUGCUCUGCCUAUUCCACAAGGCGGGGGUAUGCGAAACCAGCCACCCUCGGCCUCGAUGUACCCAUUGCAAUACCACUUGUAUGCACCUGCACCUCCACCUCGACUAGCAGUACCUACAAAAGAAUACGAAACUGAUUCUCAGCAACUUUUUCUCCCUAAUGAAUUACGAGAGAGCUUGCACCGCAAAAACGAAGCAAGCCUUCAAACAAUGCAACAUCUGAGCUUACCAGAUCACGUGAAUUCAUACCAUUCUUUGGUGCCAAUUGACAAGUCAUAUGAUUCCUCGAGCAAGAUAUGGCCAGGAAAAAGCACGGUGCUAUUCAAAUGCAAUUCUAACUUUGAUGGCAACCUAUAUGCAUUGAGGAAAAUUGAGCCAUGUAAUGAAAUUGUUGAUGAAACCCCAUUCAGGAACAUCCGUAAAUGGAAAUCGUUGCAUAAUAAUGCAAAUAUAGUGGCUUUGCGAGAUGCUUUCACAACAAUGGCAUUUAGCAAUACUUUUUCGAGCCCCAACUCAAGUGCUGGUAAUGAAGUUGUGGGUGCCAAUGGUGCAUCACUUUGCUUUGUUUAUGAUUACUACCCCAAUCUGACAACCUUACUUGAGCGCCAUAAAAAGGGAAUACGUGUUGUUCCUAUUACUGAGGAUUUAUUAUGGUCCUAUCUUACUCAGCUAGUAAAUGCCGUUGCAGCCAUACAUGCUAAAAAGUUAGCAUUGCGCUCAACUAUAGAUUUGAGUAAAAUCAUAAACACAACCGAGGAUCGUAUAAAACUCAGUGGGUGUGGUAUAAGCGAGGUUUUAAGUUUCAGUGCGUCAAACGCAAAUGCGUCUAGUGGAGAGGAGGAUGAGGAGAGAGAGUUUGCAAGACUCAGGGCACUGGACAUUGUUGAUCUCGGAAAGGUACUUUUGGAGUUGAGUGCAUUGCUUUUGCCUAUGAAUUUGCGAGCAAGCUUGACCAGUACACUUUUGAAAAACUUGGCCAAUUCUACAAAACUAAGCCAAAACUUUCUAGAUGUUUUACAAGUUUUGACUGAUCCAUCCUUGUUGCAGGAACCGUAUAGCUUUGAUAUGGAUCAGUUCAUACUGCAAUACAUAUCUAGCCACUUUAUGACUUUGAUGAAUAAGUUGCAAAACUCUCAUGACUGGGUUGAGCUGCAAUUGUCAACCGAAUUGGAGAAUGCAAGGCUUUUUAGACUCAUGACAAAGAUCAAUUUUAUUAUCAGCGAAAUGCCCACCUAUGAUUUAAAUAGCCAGAACCGGUUAAAAAUUAUCAAGGUUUUUCAGGAAAACUUGUUCAAUUCGGUAGGACCAAACGGAAAGAAAGUGGUUAACAUGGAUAGAGUUUUGGUGAACUUGAACAAACUAGAUUGUGGAAUUGACGAAAAGACACUCUUGAUUAGUGACAAAGAGUGCAUGAUUAUAACAUUCAAAGAGAUUAAAGAGUUGAUCGACACUCAAUUUAGACUCUUGCGAGGUUGA